CUCCCAAGGAAGCUUCGCAUUGGCUAUUAUUUCGAAGAUGGCUUUGUCAGAACGUCACCAGCAAACCGCAGGGCUGUUCAAGAGACGGUUACAGCUCUUGAAAAGGCAGGACAUGAGGUUGUCGAAUUUGAUCUACCUUUUGGACCAAAGUCUAUCCAACUAUUCGCGGGCAUCUCGUCGGCAGAUGGGUAUCGCUCACUCCUGUUGCCCUUACAGGGGGACCCUGUCGAGAAGAACCUCUUCCUCAUAACGCUGGGGCCUCGACUUUUCCGAUGGGUGCAAGUUUCAGCCGCAUGGCUAAUCAAGAAGGUCCUCAAGGAUGAUAUAUUUGCAAACACAUUCUUAAAAUCAAAGCAUUCAACUCUGACAGAAUUCUGGAAGAAUAUGGAAGCCAAAGAUAUAAUGAACAGGGAGUUCUACGAGCAAGUAUGGGAUAAGCACGGCUUUGAUGCAAUCAUUGCUCCAGGCAUGGUUUGCCCGGCUCUUCCCCAUGGUGCUACGACGACCCUUUCCCCUCUUGCUAAUGGGACCUUCUUUUACAAUAUAGUUGAUUCGCCCGUGGGCGCUGUUCCUGUCACGCGAGUUGAUGCAGAGAAAGAUAACCUAUCAACGGAAUGGACCAAGUUGGGCGAACAGCUGAGAAAGACUGGCUAUGAAGGUUCUACGAUUAUCAAUGGCAAU